AUGUCAACUAGAAAGAUUUUUGAUUCCGAAGAAUAAUCUUUUAUUCGUCUUGUUGAUAAGUUCUACUUGGGCUUAUCCUUAACCAAGCUUUGUGCUUAGAGUUGUAACCUUCUUAGAAACGAUAUCUCAGGAAGCGCUCUUACCUAAAAGGAAAAGGAUUGUUUGAGCAUUUGCUAUAAUAAUAUUGAAAAGACUCAAUCUGCCUUCUAUGCUAAGGUUAAGACUACCAUGAAUUUACCUGCUGUAGAAGAUGAUGGUGAAGAAGGUGGUGACGACGAGUGA